UUUUAUCCCAUUCUAGCUAAAUUUACAGUCAUACUAGUGUUUCAGAAUGAUGAACGGACUGAAAGGACACAUACCUCAAUUACAUAAUAUACUAUAACAGUGGAUUUAUAACAAUUUCUGCUCGCUGCUAUAUAAAGAUUAUGGUUCACUAUAAAGAGUCUUUCAGAUGAUAAAUGUGUGCGAACCCAUUACACCCCUUUGUUUACCUGAUUAUGCAGGUUUUACCCACCAGCCAAGCUUCUGGGAGAGCACGAUGGUUCUCUUUUGAUUUGUUGAUAAAUGUUUCCCUGUCAAUCCCUGUUUGUCUAUUGAUGUAUACUGUACCACACAAUGGGUUUCGUGCCCAAAGAAGACAGAUGUUGAGGACAUGUUAAGUUUACAACAUAGUUACAUUCUGCAUCUUAGAAGUGAGGGAUACAGUAUUUGCACACCGCUGUGUAACAUGGUAUAAUAGUAAUGGUAUAGUAAUGCAGGGUAAACUGACCCUAGAUCUGUUCCAGGGCUGUGUUCUCCUCAUAGAGCCACCUGCUGUACCAGGCAGUUAUAGUGACUUCCUUAAACAGACUUCUCACUUCCUCCCUGAGAGCUUAUAAAACUGAGGGUGCAUCUCAAUAGUUUACGAUGCCUCAUCUCACCCCCUUGUCUCCUUGUAUCUUCAGCUCCUUUCCUUCAUUUGCUCUUAUCAAAAAUGUCUGGACUAAUGAAUUCAAAUUUCCCAGGAGGCCGCCGCAAUAUUGCUUUCAUUUGUCCUGUGUUUUAAAAUAAGUGCAGAUGAAGAGCAGGAGAGGAUUAGAGAAGAUAUUAGACAUCCAGUCUUGUGAGUGGAGAACAUCUGUAAAAAGUGUUAAUCUCCAAAUUCAGUGUGAGAGGGGGAUCCCCUACAACUGGCAAAUAUCACUCACCUGGUAUGUCACUAUGGUUGCAUUUAGAGAGGCAGACCAAUUCUGAUCUUUUUUUCCCCAAAAUGGUCUUUUGACCAAUCACAUCAACUCUGAAAAAUAACUGAUGUGGAAAUAUGUGAUGUGAUUGGUUUUUUAAAAAAUGGUGUGAAAAAAUGAUCAGAAUUGGGUUGCCUGUGUGCACACAGCCAUUUUAGGAUUGGGCUCAGAUGUGUAGGCUACUUGUCGUGCUCUGUUGAACCUGCAGAGGACAUAGCAGAGGAACUGAGAUGAGGGUUGGUCUUAUCAAAUGUCAACUGACACACAUCUCAACCAAAACAGGCUCACACGCUUUCAGCCAAACCACUGACACACACUGCAAUGGACUAAGAAGAUAUUCAGAAAUGUAGAGGAAAAAUAUCAAAUGAGUGUAAGUAAAAACAUAGGGAGCCCGCUGUGUAUAAUUAACGAAUGCUGUUUGGUCGGGAAUUAUCAACUGUAUGAUGUCGGAGCUGGUGAUACUGAAAGACCCCAUGGACCUUCAGCUAUGAGACACAAAUGGAAUGCAGCUCACCACUGGUAGUGAACAACCCAGAGGUCCAAUGGCCUAUUCACCCCAUGGUUGGUGGUCUAUCCUCAUUGGCAUCACUUUGCUGUGUGCCAUAGGGUCUGGUAGAGCUGAUAAGCCAUGUACUGCAUCAUCCAGCAUUGGGGACCUGGUCCUUCUGGGCUCCAGCUUCCAGGUGUUCUGUACCUAUCAGGCCAGCUGCAGAGCUUCCAAAUCAAUGCACAUCGACAAGAAGAAAAUGCUCAAAAUACAGCCCUACAACUCUACAACUAUAUUCCUCAACGUGACAAACAUAAGUAAAAACACAACGUACACCUGCCUGUGUGAAGGAGAACCUGAGCCUUGUGGACUCGAUAUUGAUACUGGAUACACACCUGACCUGCCAGAAAAUGUAACCUGUGUCCAGAAAGGUCCAUUUGGAGAGGUGAUGUGUACAUGGAGGAGAGGAAGGGAAACUCACCUGACAACCACUUCAGAGCUCUGGGUGAGAGCUGUGUUUGGUAACAGCACAGCAGGAUCUGUAUCCUACCCUGGUUCUGGUUCCAGGUCUGAUCCUGGUCUAGUCUCAGCUAAUUUCCCUGUGUCUGGUUCUGUCCAGACUGAAUACUCCGUAUGGGCCAGGUCCUCCAACAAGCUGGGCUCUGCUGUGUCCACCACCCUCAACUUCACACUCGACCACAUUGUGCAGCCCUUGCCCCCUGCUGUGUCCCAGGUAGAGUGCUGGUCGCUGGGCUGUAAUGUCAGGGUGAAGAGGGCUCAGAGAGCUCAGCUCCUGGAGGUCCAGCAGAGAACCGCCCAGGGACCAGGACCAUGGAUAUUACACCCACACACCGCAGGUUCAGUGUGGAACCAGUCCAUUGUGUCUCUGCAGCCCUACACAAAGUAUGAGUUCCAGGCCAGGGUCAGACUGAGCCAUAGGAGAGGCAUCUGGAGUGACUGGAGCCAACCCGUCUCUAACUGGACACAGGAGGAGGCACCUGCCAAGGCUCUGGAUGUGUGGUACACAACCUCCAACUCUCCCAACUCCAUCACUUUAUACUGGAAGAGGCUGAGUCACACAGAGGCCAGAGGGAAGAUCAGGGGUUACAAGGUGAUAGUUCACGACACCCUGGCAGGGAAAUCUGAGAGCAACACCUCCAUUAAUAAUAUUUCAGGCCUGUCCUGCUCUCGCUGUAAUGUCACUGUCUACGCCCUGAACUCCAAAGGUUCCUCACCCCCUGCCCGUGUCACCAUUCCCCUCAGAGCAGCCCAGCCCCCUCAGAAUGUGAUGUGUAGAAAUCACAGUAACCACAGCAUCACCAUCUCCUGGCGGAGGCCUGUAACUGCAGGAGCAGCCAGUGGGACAGGAGAUGGGGCAGUAAGUGGCUACCUGCUGGAAUGGUUCCCUGUUGGCAGACAGGUGGAGAAGCUCAGGUGGAAGAGACUGGGUCCUAAUGAAACCCAUACUGUCAUUAGAGAUAACAUUAAGCCGUUUGAGUGCUAUGAGGGAGCAGUUUAUGCUCUGUAUGAGCAAGCAGUGGGCAGGGCCCAGUUUGAAGACUUCUACACCUUGGAAUUAGUACCUUCCGCGGGUCCGUCUGUCCAUCAGCCGGUGGUGGAGGGGGACAAAGUGACCGUUUCCUGGUCAGAGGUCCCUCAGGAAUACAGGAGGGGCUGUAUCAUCAACUACACCAUCUAUGUGAAAAACUCAGAGGGAAAAGACGUUGGAAACUACGUCUGCAGAGCAUCAGAGAGGUCCUUCACCAUCAGGGACCUUCCCCCUGAGUACUACCGUCUAUGGAUGACCGCAUCGACUGCCUCAGGACAGGGCCCCAGAGCCGGACACUCCUUUAUCAUCAAACCUCAAAGUUUGCUUUCAGACAGCUGGCUUUAUACCAUGGUCCUGGUAGGGAUCACCUCCUUCCUGGUGUUCUUUGUCCUGUUGUGCCUGUACCAGGUCUCCUCGUUAAGACGACGAGUCUCAACACUCGUCCACUGCCUCAUGCCAGAUAUCGUCCCUGAUCCUGCCAACAGCAAAUGGGCACAGGAGUGUGCCAAAGAGAAGGGUGAGUUGACCCUACACCUCUACCUCAGUGAGUCUAGUGUCAGUGAAGAGGAGGAGCCAGACACUGUGGAGGUCCAGGAGCUGCCUGAGGGCAGUUGGAGCUCAUGGAACCCAGCACAGCGCACUGACAUCUCCGGAACUCCAGAGGGUGCUAUUCACCCCUCCUUACACCUCCUCUUCAUGCCCCAGCAGAUCCCUGCGACAGACCCGUCAACAACAGCCUACUUCCAGAGCUCCUACCUCAAGAGCUUCUCCCAGGAGUCAGGCUCCUCAGGCCAGACACAGGGUUCCCAGGGAACAGAUAUGACUGUAGACUACAUCUCAACACACGUCCUAGAGGGCAGAGAGGAGAAGGAAGAGGAAGGUCUGGAUGUGAUGGGAUUCUUCUCCUGUCCGCAGAACCCCCUGAGUCCGUUCAUGAACCCUUUGGUGUCUUUCGGAGGGAAGCUGACUCUGGAUGCGGUCAGGAUCGACUGCAGUGAGUUCUUAGACUGAUGGGUUAGACUGAUAGCCAUAUAAAAUAACCCAAGGAGCAGGUUGUGUGAAGACUCUGUGUAAUCUUUGAUUCUCACUAACCAACAAUCAUUAUAAACAGUUAUAUUGCAUUACAGUACAAUAGUACACUAUCUAUCAGAGAUGGGAGACUACAGACCUCGGGGUCCAUAGUGGUGGAACACUUUUUCACCAUAGCAAACACUAAUUGCAUUCUAAACUGAAGAUGAUGAUGAGUUGAUUUUUGGAGUCAGGUGUUAGCUGGGGCAAAAGUGUGACAUCAAUCCGGCCCCCGAGGACUGGAGUUGCCCAUCCUAGAUCUAUGUCUUGGAUAACAAAAAAGAUCAAUACAAUACAACUCACCUGUCACUUUUCCCCCAGUUUACAGGGACUGUAAGCAAUGAGCUUUUCUGAAAUAAACCAUGGGAGUUAUGUAAAGUGCA